AAAGCAUGCCAUACCCUUAAACGGAGCCAACCGUCGUAAUCUAGUUCGCUCUGAAAGAAUUAAAUAACAGGUGUCUAUAUUUUGCGAUUAUAAGUUACAGAUAAGGGCUAAAAAUUGGUGCCGAAGAUUGAAAUCACCGCAUGCUUCAAUGGAGGAGGAUCGGUGAAUUGGAAGACGUUCUGAUCAUUGGAAAUUGAAAGAAUAUUCUGAAUCAGAAAUUCGAUUUUUGAAUGAUUUCAAUGGGCUUUUCAGAUGUCGGAAUGAACGAUGUCUGCGCAACUAUGCCUUUAGAAAAUACACCCAAUUUGGAACAUAGUGUCAUGCCUCUGAAUCGGGAUGAAAAAAGUAAUUCCUUAGAACCUGAGAAAUGCCACAAAUGCAACCAUCCUGGUUGUGGCGCUACUUUUUUACGCCCUUCACGACUAGCCAGACAUCUUAGGCAGCACACUGGCGAAAGGCCUUUCAAUUGCGAUUAUGAUGGCUGUGACAAGGCAUACACGAACAAAUCACACCUCGUACGACACAGCCAAACUCACAGCUUGGUUAAGCAAUCAUUUCAAUGCUCUAAGUGUUCUUUGAUCCUCAGUAAUCGACAGAAUUUAAAACGACACUAUGAUCGUGUUCAUACAGAGAAUAACAGAUUUUUUUGUAAAGAAUGUGGGUUAAACUUUCUCAAGGAGCAAAAGUACAAAGAGCAUGAGGCUUCGCACAGCGGUGUUGCAUUGUACAAUUGCAAAGUAUGCUUUAAGGAAUAUGUAGCAUUGAAAACCUUGAAAAAGCAUGAAAUGACGCAUGAGAGUAAGAAGCAGUAUUCAUGUCCGGCUUCAGGCUGCUCGGAAGUAUUCGAAAAAUGGUCUUUACUUUGUACACAUAAAAAAAACUUGCACACAAGUGAAUACAAGUGCAAUGAUUGUAAAAAAGUAUUUUUGAACAAGGCACAAUUAAAAUCGCACUCGGUCCUCCAUAUUGAUGAUCGGAUGGUUGUACCGUGUCCGUAUGACAAGUGUCCUCGGUUUUAUUUCUUCCAACGCAAUCUAAACCAUCACAUUCGCACUAAUCAUCUUGGCAAAAAGUAUCACUGCGAUAUUUGUGACACAAGGUUUUCAAGCAAGCAGAAGAUUACGGAACACAUGACUAAAAUUCAUCUAUCAAAAAAGAAGAAAAGAAAGAAGGCAACCGGUAAAUCAGAGAGGAAAAAACGGAAGGAUGCUGGGGUGGCUAAAAAAAGUAUGCUGGCCAAAUUAACCGGAUUAGAUUUACCUCACGGUAUCGAGAAAGAACUGUUAAACAGAAAGACUAGGAUUCAAGUAACAGAGGAGGAUUCUGUCCGGCAUCAAGAGAAACAAAUUGAAACUGUUAGGGUGAUAGGAGAAACGGUUCAAAUGUCAACUAACGAAUGUAAAAUGGUAACAAUUAAUGGUAUACCUCAAAAUGCAAGCAUAGAGACAGAAGGUAAAAAUGAAACAAGAAGAGAACGUCCUGAUACCGUUCAUAAAGACCAACUUGAAAGCUCCAAACGUACUAGUAAACAAGUUGAUUGCGAUUCAGGAACCUGAUGUAAAAAUCGUAAAAAAUAAAAUAAAAAUUAAUUGAUGCACAA